GGAAUUCCAGGUAAAGGAAAAUUAUUAACACAAUUGAGUGUAUUCUGGUUCGAAAAACUUUACGAAAUACUGCCGAACCACUUAAUCACCGCGGAUUUGGAGAAAAUGCCCGCUGAAGUACAAAAAUAUCGAUCGCAAUUGGAGCAUCGAUGUUUAUUGGUUCGGAAAUUAAAAGUUCUACCUAUUGAGUCUAUUAUACGUGGAUAUAUUACUGGAUCCGCAUGGUCAGAGUAUAAGAAAAAAGGUAGUAUCUGUGAAAUACCCUUACCUGAUGGACUGUUAGAAAGUCAAGAAUUACCUGAGUUGCUGUUCACACCUAGCACUAAAGCAGAGAUCGGUCAACAUGAUGAAAAUAUUCAUCCGGAUAAAGUUACAGGAUUAGUGGGUGAAACACAUGCAAAAAAAAUCGAAGAAGCAUCCUUGAAAUUAUAUAUUAAGGCAAAAGAAUAUGCAUUGACUAAAGGAAUAAUCAUCGCGGACACGAAGUUCGAGUUUGGUACCGAUUCAAAUGGAAAGCUGUAUUUAAUUGACGAAGUCUUAACACCAGACUCUUCAAGAUUUUGGUUAUUAAAAGAUUUCAAAGCCGGUCAGAGUCAGCAAAGCCUUGACAAACAAUACGUGCGCAAUUAUCUACUUAGCAUUGAUUUUGACAAGCGGACAAGUAUUGAAUUACCAAAUGAUAUCAUUUUAAAAACAAUGGAAAAAAAUGAGCCAAGAUUUUCUUACAAUGAACCUGUUCCUAGAACUCCUGCUGCCGCUUAUUACAACGAAAAAGAGUCAAGAUCUCGUUACUGGGCAAAAGACUUGACUACAAUUCCUCCUACUACUUAUAACGAAAGAGAAUCAAAGUCCUCUAGUUAUUGGUUAAAAGACGAGUAUAGCUUAACCACGCCUAUCAACAGCAAGAGUAGCAAAAUCAAGCAUGGUCCUCUACAAAAAUAUUCUAAUUUUGACAAUAGACAUAAGAGAAAUCCGGAUAUUUAUCCAAGUGCAGAAGAAGUACAGGCAAGAAUGCGAAAUCCCGAACCUCAUCCAACGGAAGAAGAAAUUUUGGAAAGAAUUCAAAGAAAACGCAAGUCACAAUCGCAUCGUACGAGUUCAAGAGCCUACGAACCUCCUGAUUCGGAAAAUUAUUUAACAAGUAUUGAUGAAACGACACAACCUAGAAAUUUCACAGGAAACGAAGGUUCAUUCAACCAUGUUUCAGAAAAAGAAAAUUGGAAAUAUGAUGAUCAAUUACGUCGUGUUGCAAGAGACGAUUAUGACGUUUCAGAUCCCAACUCACAUUUAGAAAAGGUUGAAUGGUCUGAAAUUCAGCACUCUCAACCUGAUUCUGAUAACUAUUUACCGUCCUCAACCACACCAUCAUCUCCAAUUGGACGGCGUAAUUAUGAACAGCGGGUUCCAUCAUAUUCGCAACCACGUUUGACAAAAGUUAAGUGGGAAGAUUCUAGAAGCUCCCACACUAACGUUAAUAACCCUGAUUUUGGCUUACUAAGAGACUCGAAUCGAUACAUGGAUGAAGAGGAUAUAAAAAAUGAAUUAGACUAUUUAUAUACUCAAUUAAAGAAAGAGGAACGGGCUGAAAUGCAGGAAGAUUAUUUAAGGAAUUGGAAACCACGUCUUGAAGAUGAACGAGCUGAUACGCCGGAAGAUUAUCUAAAACAUCUGAAACCACGCGUUAAUGACAUUGAUCGUGAUGUAUUUCCUUUAUCGAAUAACUUGAAAAUAUCUACUUAUACAAGACAAGCAAACACCGAAAAUGACCCCGCAUUAAUGUAUGAGGUAUUUUUGCAAAUUAAAUCAUCAACAGAACAAAGAAAUAAAAAAGCGGCAUCAAAAACAUUAAAUAAGGAGGACCAGGCACAAGAGGGAGCAAGUGAAAUACUAAAUGGACAUGAAGAACAGCGUGAAAAAACAAUUGAUAUGUCAAAUAAUAACAAGCAAGAGUCACCGAAAAUCCAUCUAGCAGAAGAGGAACCAAUGAAAAAAAUCUCACUAUUUUAUAAUGCAAAUGAGAAAGAAAUCGAAUUCGAAUACGUGGAAGAGGAACAAGAGAAACCAUUUGUCCGAAGAAGUUAUCACUACCAAGGACCACCAUUACCUGAACUAUUAAUCGAAGAAGAUAAAAUGAAUAUUAUAUUUAACGUGAUGAUUGGAUGUUUGGCACGUAAUAGAUGGCUUGAUGAAGCAAUUGAA